AUGCCUGCCGCCAUCGUCGAGUCGGGUCCUGCAAAUGGAGCCUCCCAAAACGGCCACCACAAUCACCUAGACGCCAAAACACUCGGUCUAGAUCCCAACUUCACCACGAGUUACCCAACGCAGUCCCUGUCCUUCCUGAGAAGUUUGCAGGGAGCCGGCUUGGGCAGUGAUGCUGCUUCCGAGCCAGCCCAGGCCAAGCUCAAACUGAACAUAGUCAUCGUCGGCGCCGGUUUAGGCGGGCUUGCCACCUCGAUUGCCCUGGCACGGAGGGGACAUUCUGUCGUGGUUCUGGAGCAGGCACCGAAGCUCGGAGAGGUCGGUGCCGGAAUCCAGAUCCCACCCAACUCGGGCCGUCUCCUGCGUCGCUGGGGCGUCUUUGCCAAAGCCGAAAAGCUCUUUGCCGAGCCGAGCUGCAUCAACUUCCGCCGCUGGCAGGACGGCAGCCUGAUCGGGUACACGGACCUCGACGAGUUCGGCACUUGGUUCGGGGCCCCGUACUGCGUCGCCCACCGGGCCCACCUGCACGAGGCCCUGCACGCCCGUGCCCUCGAGCUCGGCGUCGAGCUGAGGCUCAACAGCCGCGUCGCCGCCUACCGGCCUGAUGAUGCCCAAGUGGAACUGGCAAAUGGCGAGGUGGUCCGAGGCGACCUGGUUGUUGCUGCAGAUGGCAUCAAGUCGGUUGCAAGAGACACUUUGCAGGCAGCUCAAGCCGAGGAGCCCACUUUUACCGGGUUUGCAGCCUACCGUGCUACAGUGGACGCGGAAAAGAUUGCGGCAGAUCCCGAGAUUGCUUGGAUUCUGCAGAAACCAUCAUUAAACAUCUGGAUCGGCGAAAACCGUCACGUCAUGUCUUAUACCAUUUCUGCAGGCAAGUCGUUCAACAUGGUGCUGUCACACGUGGACCUCUCAGACCCGUCCACCUGGAAGGCAGAGACGGCAGUAGAGGAUGUCAACAGGGAGUUUGCAGGGUGGGACCCAUGCCUGACCAAGAUCAUCUCCCUCAUCACGUCGUGCAUCAAAUGGCCACUCCGGAGCGGGAGAAAGCUCAAGUCGUGGGUCAGCCCGAACUCGCGGCUCGUGAUCCUGGGCGACGCCGCGCACGCCAUGGUGCCCUACAUGUCGCAGGGGGCGGCCAUGGCGGUGGAGGACGGCGCGGCGCUCGCGGUCGCGCUCAGCCAGGCCGAGGCGCUCAAGGACCUGCCGCUGGUGCUGGGCCAGUUCGAGCAGGAGCGCAUCAAGCGCAGCGGCGCCAUGCAGGAGGCCAGCAUGGUCAACGGCCUCAUCUGGCACUUCCCCGACGGGCCCGAGCAGGAGGCGAGGGACGAGGCCAUGAGGGCCGAGGUCGAGCGUCGGCCCUUCACCAGGAGCGCGAACCAGUGGAGCGACCCCGUCACGCAGUGGUGGGCGUACGGCUACGACGCCGAGGAUGCCAUGCAGAGGAGGUUCAAGGGGACGGGGUUGGCUCGUAUUUGA